UUUCCUCUUGUAGAUGCAAGAUUUACGGAAUACAGAAGGAACUCAGUAUAGUUCCCAUCCUCAGAUGGCAACCAUGAGGCCAAGGGUUCAACCUGCAGACAUUAGGCAGCCAGGAAUGAUGCAGCACGGGCAGCUGACCACUAUUAACCAGUCCCAGCUCAGUGCACAGCUCGGUUUGAAUAUGGGCGGAAACAAUGUUCCUCACAACUCGCCCUCUCCACCUGGAAGCAAAUCUGCAACUCCUUCACCAUCCAGUUCAGUCCAUGAAGAUGAAGGAGAAGAUAGCUCUAAGGUCAACGGUGGAGAGAAGAGACCUGCUUCAGAUAUGGGAAAGAAACCUAAAACUCCCAAAAAGAAGAAGAAGAAGGACCCAAAUGAGCCACAGAAGCCGGUGUCUGCCUAUGCAUUAUUCUUUCGAGACACUCAAGCAGCCAUCAAGGGCCAAAACCCCAACGCUACUUUUGGUGAAGUCUCUAAAAUUGUAGCUUCAAUGUGGGAUGGCUUAGGAGAAGAACAAAAACAGGUAUACAAAAAGAAAACUGAAGCUGCCAAGAAGGAAUAUCUGAAGCAGUUAGCUGCCUACAGAGCAAGCCUUGUAUCCAAGAGCUACAGUGAACCUGUUGAUGUUAAAGCCUCCCCACAGCCUCAGAUGAUGAAUUCAAAGCAGUCAGUGUUUCACGGGCCCAGCCAGGCUCACUCUGCACUGUACCUCAGUUCCCACUACCACCAACAACCCGGAAUGAAUCCUCACAUCACUGCCAUGCAUGCCAACAUUCCCAGGAACAUAGCGCCCAAGCCCAACAACCAAAUGCCAGUGACUGUUUCCAUAGCAAACAUGGCUGUGUCCCCACCGCCACCUCUGCAGAUCAGCCCCCCUCUGCACCAGCAUCUCACCAUCCAACAGCACCAGCCGAUUUCAAUGCAGCAGUCCCUUGGGAACCAGCUACCGGUGCAGGUCCAGUCUGCUUUACAUUCACCUACAAUGCAGCAGGGAUUUACUCUUCAGCCUGAUUAUCAGAAUAUCAUCAAUCCAACCUCAACAGCUGCACAAGUUGUUACCCAAGCGAUGGAGUAUGUUCGUUCAGGGUGCAGAAAUCCUCCAGCACAGACCGUGGACUGGAAUAACGACUACUGCAGUAACGGGGGCAUGCAGAGGGACAAAGCACUCUACCUUACCUGAAAAUCUGAAACACCUUUCCUUUCCACUGAGGAAUGCAGGGAAGUCUUUUCAUCAUGGAUUGCUUUAUGCAGUCAAGGCAGUUCUGCAUUUUAUUAGGAAAUACAAGUUGCUAAGCACUUAGGACUAUUCGAGCUCGUGGGUCACCCACUCUGGAAAAAAAAAUAGUCUUGCUUCUUUCUCUUUUUUUUUUCCCCCCCUCAUUUUUUUCCUCUUUCUUUCUCCUUUCACCCCUGCCCUGAGAUCCUUUAACGGACAUUGCUUUUCUUCUUCCCUGAAGGAAACUUGGACCAUUCAGAUUUUAUGUUGGUUUUUGCUGUGAAGUGCUGCGAUAGUAACUGCCUUAGCAACUGUAGAUGUCUCGGAUAAAAGUCCUGGAUUUUCCAUUGGUUUUUCAUAAUGGGUGUUUAUAU